AUGCACUCAUGAGUCAUGUACCAUUUAAUUCAAAUUAUCUUCUCCUUCAAGAGCGCUGCACACAGGAGUACAGGACCUAGGGAAGCAUCACUGGAGAUCUGAAGUGCAAAGAUGGCGCCCCUCGAGGCCGAUGGAGCUCGUCCCCCCAGCUCAGGCAAGCGCCCCGCCACGACCCCAGGCUCCCUAGCUGGCUUCGAGUCGCUCGAGCAGCUCCUGAAAGAGUAUGUCCCCUCUGACAAGCUCGAAGAGGCGCUGCGCGUCCUGCACGGAUCGAAAAGCGGCAAGCCCGUCUCUGAGCUCCCCCUCUCAGAAGAAGUUCUUUCCUCUGCUGAAAAGCAAGACUUCGACAUCCAGGCUUAUCAGUUCUCAGCAGCGGCUGAGCAAUUGAGGGCGCCGAGGGUUGUUAGGGUUGGGGUGGUUCAGAAUGCGAUCGUGCUGCCGACGACCGCGCCCUACGCGAAGCAGCGGCAGGCAAUCUUCAACCGGGUAAAGAGCAUCGUUGAGGCGGCGGGGGCAGCGAGUGUGAAGAUCCUGUGUUUGCAGGAGGCUUGGCCGAUGCCCUUUGCAUUCUGCACCAGAGAAAGGGAGUGGUCUGAGUUUGCUGAGAGUGCCGAGACCGGCCCGAGCACUCGCUUCUGCCAAGACCUGGCGCGAAAACACAACAUGGUGUUAGUCAGCCCGAUCUUGGAAAGGGACGAAGCGCAUGGGGGAACGAUCUGGAACACAGCUGUUGUCAUUGGAAACAACGGCAACGUGAUCGGGAAGCACCGGAAGAAUCACAUCCCACGGGUCGGUGACUUCAACGAGAGCACCUACUACUUGGAGGGGAACACCGGACAUCCUGUCUUCGAAACUGCCUUUGGAAAGAUCGCGAUCAACAUCUGUUACGGGCGGCAUCAUCCCCUUAACUGGAUGGGCUUUGGUCUCAAUGGAGCGGAGAUUGUGUUCAACCCGUCAGCAACAGUGGGGGAGCUGAGCGAACCGAUGUGGUCCGUUGAGGCGCGCAAUGCCGCAAUUGCCAACACGUAUUUCGUGGCCGCGAUCAACCGCGUCGGCACCGAAACCUUCCCCAACGCGUUCACAUCCGGCGACGGCAAGGGCGCGCACAAGGACUUCGGACACUUUUACGGGUCGAGCUACUUCGCAGGGCCGGACGCUUCUCGGACGCCCAGCCUAUCGCGGUGUCGCGACGGGCUCAUGAUUGCAGAUAUGGAUCUCAACCUUUGCCAGCAGGUGAAGGACAAGUGGGGGUUUCGGUUGACGGCACGCUAUGAGAUGUAUGCGAAGCUACUGAGCGAGUAUGUGAAGCCGGACUUCGUUCCUCAGGUCAUUAAGGAUCCGUCCUUGUAGGUUUUUAUGCAACUACUAUUGAAGGUGUGAGUAUGUACAGGGCUAUGAUGGGUUGUUUGUUUGUGCGUGUUAAAUAUGCCUGGUGCGACUUAAGUAGGUGGCAGCAAGAUCAGCAAGCUCGCACUAGAAGGCUAUAGGACAUUAUACUCAUUGAAGCCGUUGUAGACCGUGACUCGAUUGGAUCUCAUCUGGUUAAAUCAAGCGACCAAGUUUUAUAAGGGUCCAGCGCAAUCAUAGAAAAAUAUAGUUUGUGAAAGGAACAUGGUUACCCCAAGCUGACCUCUAAGCUCAGGCUCGCGAUUGCGAUUGGAGAUGUCGCAGCUGACGCUCCAAAUGGUACUAGCUUGACCCGGCUAAUUCGACCGUUUGCAGCCCAAGUUCGUGG